CGACCCGAAGGGGGUUUUUCCAAAAUUGUAGUCGCGUAACGAAUUGUCGAGCGGAUUAUCGAUCCAACAGUUUUCGAUAGUGACUUUAAUGUAUGACAUAGGAGAGCGUCACUAGUGAUAAACGAUAUCCGCUACAAAAUGGUGAAGAUCAUGGCAAAAGUCCAGCCGCACAGACAAAAAAAAAAGAUAAAGAAGCGUAACCGAGAUUUGAGAGGCCCGCUCGUGCAUUUCACGCGACGUGUAGGUUAGAGUCGAUGGCGAUGUGAAGGUCGAAACGCGACUGAACGCAGAAAAUCACGAGAGUAGAAAGUAGACGAUCGAUAUUCAACCCGCCUACAGUGAAGAAGGAGCGAUUCUAGCGCCAUGCUAGAUGACGCAGAGCAUGGCUAGGUCAGGAAACUCCGUCAUGACUUCCUUCGAUAGUUUUAAUUAUUAGAAACUGAGUCAACAUGCCAGGAAUAGUAGUGUUCAAAAGAAGGUGGUCGGUAGGCUCUGACGAUUUCGUAGUACCAGGUAUCAUUCUUCUUCUGUUGCACACAGGAUGGCUUGUAGUAUUAUCCAUAAUCUUAAGUGUUAUGGAUUUUGGAGGGAGUUCCGAAUGUAUGAUAGACUUGUACGAGCAUGUACUCGGAUAUGUAGUCAUUCUUUCUGGUUGUAUUGUGGUGGAGGGAUUUAUUUCCUGGGUUGGAAUGAGAGGAACUAUUCUAUACACUGCUCCCAGGGCAUCAAUGCAAUAUUUACUUUAUGUAAGACUUGGAAUAUUUUUAGUAGAAUUGGCUUGGCUUAUUGUUGGAGUGGUUUGGAUAGGAAGACAUUAUGGCUCUUGUCCAAUGGGAGUUGCUAAAAAAGCUGUUUUAGGUAUUAUCAUUUGCAACUGGUGUGUUCUAUUAAGUGUAUUAGUUACUACCUGGUGCACUUUUGAUGCAGCAGGAAGGUCAUGGGUGAAAAUGAAAAGGUAUCAAAGAAGUCUUAGAGAAGGAAGAGCGAAAUUUCGAUAUAAAAGGUCUGGUAGUGGGCAUCGAAAUUGGAGGCAGAGAAAAGCUAUGCGUGAAUAUCAAAAUAGUUGGAAUAAAAGAUGUAGAUUACUUUUCUGUUGUUUGGGACAUUCAGAUAGGCAUAGAAAUUCAUUUGCUGAAAUAGCCAAACUUCUUUCUGAAUUUUUUCGUGAUCUGGAUGUUGUCCCUUCUGAUGUAGUUGCAGGUAUGGUGUUGUUGAGAAAAUUUCAACAGAUGGAAAGACAGAUGAUUGUCAAUCAACAAAAAAAUGAUACUUAUCAGUUCCUUUCGGGAGUUCCUAUAACUCCUAAAACCAAGUUCCUGGAUAUUAAUAAUCCAAAUGUAGCUAAAGAAGUACAAACAAUAACACAUUAUCUUCAUUAUGCUUUGGCAGUUUAUGGUUGGCCAAUGUUUAUGAUGGUAAACAGUAGUACAGGAUGUUGUCAACUUUGUCCAUAUAUAAGAUGUUAUUGUUUGCCUGUAAGACAAAAGAGAAAAUAUGAUGCAGCUACAGUUGUAGAGGAUAAUUGUUGUCUUUGCAAUUAUGCUGCACUUAGAAAAAUGUGUCAGCUACAUAAUAUGGAAGUUGUUUAUGCAACUUAUCAUGUUGAAGUUGGAGAAACACCUUUUUUUGUUGCUGUAGAUCAUGAAAAGAGAACUGUUAUUGUAUCAAUUCGAGGAACACUUUCCCUUCAGGAUGUAAUUACAGAUUUAAAUGCAGAAGGAGAGCAUCUGCCAACAGAACCUAUCCAUGAUGACUGGUUGGGCCAUAAGGGAAUGGUACAAGCUGCAGAAUAUAUAAGGAGGAAACUUAUUGAUGAAGCUAUUCUCAUACAAGCAUUUAAUUACAGUCCUGAGAAGGGCACACAAUUAUAUGACUUAGUUCUUGUUGGUCAUUCUCUUGGGGCAGGAACUGCUGCAAUUUUAGCUAUAUUAUUAAAACAAGAAUAUCCAAAUUUAGUUUGUUAUGCUUAUUCCCCACCUGGAGGUUUACUUAGUAUGCCUGCUGUUGAAUAUACAAAAAACUUUAUUACAUCUGUUGUUUUGGGUAAAGACCUUGUUCCACGUAUUGGUCUCCAUCAAAUGGAAUCCUUAAGAUCUGACUUAAUAAAUGCUAUUAAAAGAAGUCAAGAUCCAAAGUGGAAGAUUAUUUUAGGAGGUGUAUUUUGUUGUUGUCCAGAAGAAUUAAAAUUUGAUUUAUCAGAUAUAUCACCUGAUAAAUCAGGAAACAGAGAUGUAACUUGCCAUCCAAGUGAUUCUUCAAUUGCUUUAACAGUGCAUCAGCCAUUGUAUCCUCCAGGAAGAAUUAUUCAUAUUGUUAGAAAUCAUCCAAAGAAAGAAGACAAAAAAUAUGAGAAUAGAUGGAGAAGAAUGAUGAAGAAACAUGAACCAGUUUAUCAAGCAUUAUGGGCAGGUAAUACAGAAUUUGAUGAAGUCCUAAUAUCUCCUGUUAUGAUACAGGAUCAUAUGCCAGAUAAAGUCUUGGAUGCACUUGAAAAAUUAUUAAUAAAUACUGGCCCUGCUAAACCCCAAAGACUGUUAAUGGAAUCAGAAUGUCAUCAGCUUCUUAGUCCAAGUGCAGAUACUUUAGAUUCAACUCUUGAUAGAACACCACCUCAUAGAUUAGUACUUGAAACAAGUUUUACUGAUCUUCAACCUGAAGGUGUAGCUGUGGAAGAUAUACCAAGUCAAGGGAACAUGAAGCAUAGUUUAAGUUGGGAAUACAGCAGUGUGGUAGCAGCUGCCUUAGACACUAGUUAUCAAAACCAAAAAAGACUUCAAUCUCUUAGUGUACAGCCAAAUUCUUAUCAAAAAGUAGAUUUAGUGCAUGAUGAAUGGAUGGGUUCUGCUCCCUUAGCUUCACCAGAAACCCUUUCAGAUGUUUCCUCAGUAUCAUCUAAAGGAAGUCAUCAGAAACUUAAUAAUGGCAAUGUGUCCAAUAGACUAUCUUGGGGAGGUGUUCCUGUUAUGGAAACCAUUGUCCAAUCCCCAGCUGUGCAGCGUCCCACACAAGAUUCAUUAGGAGUUUAUGAAAAUCAAAGGAGUGAUGCACGGCAAGGUGAUUUUGGACACAUGUUAGAUGAUAUGGGUAUAAAUAGGGCUAAUUCAACAUCAAAUUUAUUAACGAACUGUAAUCCACAAGCUGUUAGUACACCAGUAGGACAUCAAGUCAUAACAGAAGCAACUGUAGAGAUAGAUCCAAAUAGUCUGCAUGCCAGUAAAGAAGUUUCUUCAAGAAGUAUGGACCCAUCACAGUUAAGAUUAAACAUUGAAUCUUUGUGCCAAGAGGCAAAAACCAAACAUUCUGGUGGUGAUAGUACUUAUGCCAGUACAAGUACAGAAAGGACAAUUGAUCGUUUAUUCACACCACAUGAGCCUAAACGUGUAACUUUUGAACUGUCUGAUAGCCAAGAAAGCCAAGAAACAGAAAGAGAUGAUUCUGCUGAUAGUCUCUACAACUCUGGUGAAUCAUUUGUACCAACUUAUCCAGAAUACACUACACAGCAAGAGUAUGGAAAUCACCUAUACUCUUAUGCACGACACAGUUAUAAUAAUCACACGCCACCUUCUUCUCCAACGAUAGAACACUCUUAUUCUGACAUCCAGUUAACAUCUCUCAUGAAUCGGUCAGUGCAACAGAGUCAUGAAUCCUCUCAUGUUUUAUAUGAACCUCUAACACAAAAAACUUUGAGUUUAGAUACAGAUUCUACCAUUUCAAAAACGCCAAUAACUAAGCAUCUGACUUCGCCACCACCUCCAACAGAAAGUAGUUUAUAAUGUUUUUAAAAUUUCUGGUGCUUCAGACACCACUUCUGCUGUAUAUCAUCUAAAAGUUCUUCCAAAUAACCAGCUCGUAUCUGGUAAAUGUGAUAAAGCUCAAAGUGUGAAAUUUAUAUUUAAAGCAUCUUAUGUAUGUACUAAUGUUCUCAUUCUACACCAAACAUCACAUCCCAUGUACUAAUGUUAUUCAGAUUAGUAUGUGGAAAACUAAAUGUAUAUAAAUAUAUUUAUAAUCUCUAAUGUUUACAUAUAUACUGUAACAUAUUGGGUUCAAAACAUUUCAGUAUUUGAUGUCAAAUGUUCCUUUAAGAAAAACUUUUACAAUAAUACUCCGGCCUAUAAUUUGAAAAGAGAAAGUCUGAAUUUUUGAAAAAGUAUCAUUAAAAAAAAAUGGUGAAUUUUUAAAAAAAGAAAACAAAAAUUCAUUGAAGAGAAUAAAUUUUUGUGUAAUAUUUUAUAAAUAACUGUAUUGUACACAACAAAACAUUCUUGUGACUUGUUAUUAUUUGUUUAGGAUAUAAAAUUCCCAUCAGCCUUUGAUUAAAAAAUAUAUAGAUUACUUUAAAUUAUUGGUUUAUUUUAAUUAUUUUUCAACUCGACCAAUAUCGUACUAUGCAUGAUUGUUAUUUUAUAUUUAAUAU